AUGAUCCGACUCUUCGUGAAGGCUCUGAGCACGCUGCUGGCAUGUCAACUGACAGGGAAGGUAGCGCUGCUGCUCUCGUUCAGGAAGCAACCAAUAGGGGAAGGUGUCGCUGGCGCUCUUAUUGGCGAAAAUAUUGGGGAAGGUAGCGCUGCUGCUCUCAAUACGCGUGACUCCAUAGACUCCUCUCAGAGGACUCGUGGCAAGCAUUUCCUUGAGGCUGGGAGCGCUGUUUCACUCAAGAAGAGUAGGGAAGGUGUCGCUGGCGCUCCUACUAGAACCGUUGAUACCGUUUUGACACGAUGCCGGGAUAAGCUCAAUCCCUGGAGAACCGCUUUUCUAGCAGGCACGCGAGAUCGUCAGUAUAAGGUUAAUGAUGUCAAAUUUGAUCACUCCAGCCUUCGAAGGAAGCUGCGCGCUGCCGUUCAGCUUCAGGCUACGAUGACUGGAGACAUUUAUGACCACGAGCGACUCACAAGACAGGUCCUGGGAGGACGACGACUUCAGUCCUUCCUGGUCCGCGAUCUUCCGCCGGCUCCAAAGACUCAUUGA